AUGCGGGGCGUCGGCGGCGGCGCGGCGGAGGUCUACCGGAGGCCCCCCCCGGGCCCCUCCCGGAAGCCCCGCCCUUCGCCGGAAGCAGGACGAGCGCUGUUGGAGGUCGCCAUGCGGAAGGAGGCGCCCGGCCGGAGGAAAGGGAAACAGGUCCCGACAGCGAGGCAGGUGCCCCUGGAGCCCAAGGGCCGGCACCGGAAGAGAGAGCCCCCUCCCUACCCACCAGGGAGCCUGGAAGAGCAGUGGCAGCUGGCCAUCCUGGGCAAGGGCCGGGUCACCUGCCCCAUCUGCAGAGCGGCCACCAGGAAGACCGUGGAGGGGCUGCGGAAGCACAUGGCCAACUGUCAGCAGGAGGUGUUCACCUGCCACCACUGCGGGAAGCAGCUGCGCUCUCUGGCCGGGAUGAAGUACCACCUCAUGGCAGACCACAACAGCCUGCUGACGGGGAAGGAGACGGAGGCGCAGGACAAGCAGAGCCAGCGGGAGCGGCUGCGGCAAGUGCUCAAGCGCCUGGGAAAGCUCAAGUGCACCAGGGAGGGCUGCUCCGGGAGCUUCACCAGCAUCGUGGGGUAUCUCUACCACACGCAGAAGUGCGGAAAGGCGGCGGAGGAGCUGGAGACGCUGGUGGCCCGCUGCCCACACUGCGGCAAGGCCUAUCGCUCCAAGGCCGGCCUGGUCUACCACCUGAAGUCUGAACAUGGGCCGGCCCCCUUCCUCCGUGAAGAGACCCAGGCGCCAAAGGAGUCGGGGACAGAGUCCAGCGGCGGGCGGCGGCUCCAGAGGAAGUCGGCCAAGGUGGCGGCCUACUACCUGCACGAGCUGGCCCACGUGGAGCUGGCCAAGGAGUGGCCCAAGAGGAAGGUCCUCCAGGAUCUCGUCCCCGACGACCGGAAGCUGAAGUAUACUCGGCCGGGGCUGCCCACCGUGAGCCAGGAGGUGCUCUGCAAGUGGAGGGCCGAGAUCAAGGCCUACCGCCAGGUCCAGUGCCCCAACCAGGGCUGUGCCUGUGUCUACAGCAGCAUUUCGGGCCUCAAGUCCCACCUGGGCAGCUGCACCUUGGGUGAGUUUGUGGCCGGGAAGUACCGGUGCCUGCUGUGCUCCAAGGAGUUUGUGUCCGAGAGCGGGGUCAAGUACCACAUCAACACCGUCCACUCAGAGGACUGGUUUGAUAUGGACGCCUCUGCCUCCCGGAGCUUGGCUAAACGCCGGCGGCCGGAGGAGCCCUCCAGGUCUAAGCAGCGGCAGCACCGGAGGAAGCCCCCCGCGCACAGCCGGAAGAGGCGCCCGCCCGCGCCCAGGGCGCACUCCCCGAAGAGGGCCCCGCGCCCAGGACCGGACCCCUGCCAGCCCCCGUGCACCAAGGCCGGACGCAUGCGAGGCACAGGAGGGGAGGGCUGGAGCGCCGGGCAGGACGCGGCGACGGUGACCCUGCCCCUGAAGCUCAGCCACAAGCGCGCAAGGAAGUAGUGGGGACGGACCACGGACCGCCUGGACACUCUGUGCAGAGCUUCUGCUGAUGCUUGGCCCAUUCGCGGAGGCCUUGUCCUGGGUUUCCUCUUUGUGAUGCACCUGAAGCAGCCAGAACGGCAGAACUCUUGGCCGACCCCCAGCAAGGCUCCCUUCCCAUGUGGACCCUGGGGAAAGUGGGGAAUUGGGAGUGCUGAGUGAGGCUCUGGUGCUGCAGCAUCUCAGCUUCUUCACGUCUGGGAGAGACUGCAAGGGCUCCUGUUACUUGCUGCCUUUCCAGGGAGGAGGCCGGGGGAAUCUUGCAGGUGGGCGGAAGGAUGGAAAGAAGGGGAAGCAUGCAGUGCUGCUUGCCUGGACUGGUGCAACAAACGACUGCCCUCUUACAACCCCCUCCCCCCAACUAAAGGGGUGGCCAGUGCUCUGCUGCAGUCUUUCUCUUUGGGGAGAGAGGGAGGGUGUGGAAACAAUAGGCUCAUAUGGUUAAAGAGAUGGAACGUAUUACCCAGGGACAUUCACUCCAACCCCAUCCCCAGUGUGACACCUCAGGGCAGCGUGAGCACUGGGAAUCAGACACGAAGGCCAAUAAACAAUCUAAUAUCUUUAUUAAGGAAAUAAAGGAGACAACUAAAAAUAAGUAGAGUAUAUAGUCCAGCAAUAGACCUUUCAGGAAAGGUCAAAUAUAGUCCAGUAAUGUGAAAGUAGAUGUCCAGUAUUAGAGUUCAAAGUUUUAAAUCCAAUAACCGAAACACACUCAAACCUUUAGGCUGUUUGCGUGGGGAUUAAAGCAAGAUCUGUCAAAGAGUUCCAGGGCUCAAAUCCGAGGCUAGGAUGCAAGGCAAGGCAAAGUUAGUCGUGUAAAGCUGAAACGCUGUCCAGGCUUGACAGGGAGACGAGAUGCAACGCCGGUCUACUUGAGAGUAGCGCGCUGCAGAACUAGAGUCGAUGUGAAUUCCUCAACUGACACGUUGAACACCGCAAAGGACAGUCGGCGCCCAGAACUUUUAUGGAACUUCGCUCUCCUCUCCAGCCAGGUGUCUGAACACUCUUUCCCAAGGGAAAACAACAACUUGCCAGAUGCAAACCUCCCGGGAAACUCUCAAGGGAACCGGCUUAAUUAACGCUUGCUCGCUCCGCUAAUCUAGCGCUUCCCCUCAAAUUCUGCUUCUCCGCGCGAGAUGUUUCCCAAAACAAUUUGCGGUCAAACAUAGCAUUCUCUGGAGAACCGGGCUGUGAGUCAAGGCCCUUUUUAAUUAACUGUGGGCUAAAACUGUCAACAGGGGACAUCUGGAAGGGAACAGAAUCGUGCGGAAAUGGCAGAAACCCCCAUCUAUUCUUCGGUCUGAUCCAUAAUGGCGACGGGGUCAUGACUCGGGGGUCUCUGAGACACUAUACCCAGAUGCAUUUAUUUCUUUGUUUAUUUACAGUCUCUAUACCCCAUCCUUCUCACCCCGCUAGGUUUCCCAACAAACACCAUGCCACCUGAGUCCUUGAGCCUUGCAGAUGUUCCUUUCCCUGACCACGGGAGGGGUCUUGCUGCUGUGGGAGCCCCCCUUCCAAUACUCUGUGGGCCUGACUGGUUACGCGCUGGACCCGCAGCAAUACCAGGGAGGCCGGGAGGUGCUGGAGGGAGCCAUCCCUAUCUCCGAGUCACCGUUCCUGGUUGUAAAGAUGUUUAUAACGACUGCCACCAAUUUGUAACAAAUUUAUAACGACUGCCACCAAUUGUAAAGGACUAAGAACGACCAAGGUUCUUUCAGGCAGGGGGAAUCUUUUGAUCCACCCGCUGCCACCAAUUUGUAAGAUGCAACCACAAAAGACUCAGAGAGGAGACCUUUUAAUUUUUUCCCCUUUCUUCUUAUUCACUUUAAAUGGUAACGCAACUUGAUUUAUAAUAUACUUGCUGUGGCGAAGUCUGGUGGUAUGGGAAAUAAAGUAUUGAGGAACUGGUGGUAGUUAA